UGCCGACAGGUCAACCAAUAAGGCUUCUUGUCGUCAUACACCCGGAAAUUAUGUUCAUUGAUUCUACCGGUUUCUUCAAGUUGCACCGCUUUCCAUGAUAGCACUUUCUUCAGGACGCGCAAGAGAUGUUGCUGUUGGCGUUGGGUGCCCUCCUCCUGCUCUUCUGCAGCCUGGAUGUUUGGUACUUCCUGCGAGGGGCCCAGGUGUUCAUCCAGGCAUGGUUCCAGCCCAGGAUACGGGACAUUUUAGCCGAGCAGAGCAUCGAAGGCAUGGUCCUUCCACAUGAUUUGGACUACUUGGGCCACAUGAACAACUCUCGGUAUCUGAGGGAGUGUGACUUUGCACGCUUUCACCAUUACAUGAGAAACGGACUGUUCAUGGCCUCACGCAAACUGGGGGCGAAAUUGGUGGUAGGGGCGUCUACCAUCCGGUACCGCCGCUCCUUGGUCUUCCGUGAGGCUUUUGAGAUUCGGACCAAAGUUUUGGGCUGGGACGAGAAAGCCUUUUACUUGGAGCAGCGUUUUGUAUCCAAGAAAGAUGGCUUCGUCUCUGCGAUCAUGCUCUGUAGGCAGAAUGUGGUGCACUGCAGCCCCGAAACCAUCAUUGAAUUUAUCUGCAAAAAGAAGAUCGAGUGCCCAGAGUUUCCGGAGGACCUCAAACACUGGAUGAACUUCAUUGCGGCCAGCAGCCAAGCCCUGAGAGCAGAGAGUGGACUAGAGGGAAAGAACAAGUGAAGCCACACCAUGACGCUGCGUAUCAUGAGUGUCGACACAUUUCAUAUCAUAUAUAGCAUUGCACGCACAUAUACAUGCACACAAACACUUAAACAUUGUAGAGUGUUUUAGUUGACUUCCAGAAGUAUCUCUGUUUUGAAUAAAUCCUACCUGCUGUGUA